AUGCGAGUCCAAGAUGCGCAGUCAGAUGUUCGCUGCCAGACGUGCCCUGAUCUCCAGCCUGCACUCGAGGCAGAAGACGAGUAUCCAGACGGUGGAAAAGAAGCAUGGCUCAUUGUGUUUGGCUCUUGGUGCGCCAUGAUUCCAUCCAUGGGCCUCCUGAACUCUCUGGCUGUGCUUCAAGCUUGGUUGAGUGAGCACUAUCUUCGUGGGAUGCCCGAAUCCACCACGGGUUGGAUUUUCAGUGGCUACGCAUUCUUUUUGUUCUUUUGUGGUGCCCAAAUCGGACCCAUUUUUGACUCGCACGACAUCCGAUUGUUGAUUGUUCCUGGCACGAUAGGAAUCAUUAUUUCGUUGAUCUUUAUGAGUUUUGCUCAGGACUUCUACCAGUUCUUUCUCUCCUUCAGCGUCUUAGGGGGCAUCUCAGCCUCGUUCCUCUACAACCCCGCUCUAUCAGUCAUUGGGCAUUGGUUCAUGAAAAGGCGAGGUCUCGCCACUGGCCUUGCUUGCACUUCUGGGGGAGUAGGUGGCGUCUGGAUGCCUCUUGUUAUCCUCUACCUCGCGCCUCGCAUCGGGUUCGGCUGGUCCAUUAGAGUCAUUGCUCUUAUCUGCGCUGUCCAUGGGUUGGUUGCCUGUGUUCUGCUACGCAAGAGGCUGCCACCGAAUAAGAAAGCCGGCUCGACUGUCGACUUCAAAGCGCUCAAGGAUAUCAAAUAUGCCACCAUGACUGUCGGUCUUGUCCUUGUUGAGUUUGCCAUCUUCAUUCCCAUCUCAUAUAUAUGUUCCUAUGCCAUUCAUUCGAACUGGGGUUUCCAAGACGCCUACAUGCUCAACACUCUUCUAAAUGUCGGUGCAGUCUCGGGUCGAUUCUUACCGGGUUACAUCGCAGAUCGAUUCGGAGUCGUCAACACCAUGACGGUUAUAGCCUUUGCCUGCAUGGCUCUGGUAUUCUGUCUAUGGCUCCCAGCGCAUGGGAGUCAUGCCAUGACCAUGUCGUUUACUAUUCUUUACGGAUUCUGGUCGGGUGCUUCAGUGGCGUUUGCACCGGUGUGCAUAGGCCAAGUUUGCAAGACUGAAGAUUACGGGAAACGCAAUGGCACGGCAUAUACCCUUUGCAGUUUUGGUACUCUUAUUGGUAUUCCCAUCGCAGGGGCUAUCCUGGGAGCUGAAGAUGGGUCUUACCGGGGCCUCAUUAUCUUUGCUGGGCUAGCCUAUGUUAUCUCUUUUGCGGCCUACGUGGUCGGCCGUGGGCUUCUCAGUAGGUGGAAGGUAUUCGAGAUUUGCUGA